AUGGGAAAUGGUUGGCAUUCUUUCUUCCUAAAGGCACGGGGAGGGAGGGGGGGGAGAGAGAGAGAGAGAGACGUACACACACAGACACACACACGCAUCCCAUAGUGAGGGCAGAGGCAGAGAGCAGGCAAGGCAGAGAGGGAGAGAGGGGAGAGAGAGAGCCCCAAAGCAGCCCUGCGUCUCCGAGCUGGGAUCUGCCAGGGCAGAGCCAGCAUGUUGGUCCUCAGCCCGCUUGUCCAGGGAUCUUACCUGCUGCUUUUCUUCUGCUUUGCUUUGUCUCAGACUGCGUACACUGACAAUGUCUUCUCAAUUUCAGCAGAUCUCCCUUGUUUGGAACAGAAGAAGCAGCCCAACUGCAGAGCAUGCUGCCUCCUUGGCCCUCCUCCACCGCCCCUGUUCCCACCACCAUACUUCAGGCACAGCUGGAGAACUAAGCUGGAUGUGGAAGAGCUGUGUCAUGAGCUCCAGACUAUACAGGCUUCCUCUCUGCCUGAACCUCACUGUUCUGCAGGGCCUCCUGGCCCCCAGGGUCCACAAGGAAUUCCUGGUGUAAUGGGACCAAAAGGAGAGAAAGGGGAGAUUGGCAGGCCUGGAAGAAAGGGUAGACCAGGUCCCCCGGGUGUCCCUGGGAUGCCAGGACCAGUAGGAUGGCCUGGACCUGUGGGACCGAAGGGUGAAAAGGGAGAGUUGGGUGUGAUGGGAUUGCCAGGUACAAGAGGACCAAUGGGCUCCAAGGGUUUUCCUGGAACUAGAGGAGAAAAGGGAUCCAGAGGUGACAGAGGUGACAAAGGAGUCAAAGGAGACCAGGGAGAAAUUGGCUUCCCUGGAAUGCUGGGACAAAAAGGAGAGAUGGGCCCGAAGGGACAGUCUGGAGUACCAGGAUACAGAGGACCUAUAGGAAGACCUGGAAAACGAGGCAAACAAGGACUCAAGGGAGAUGUUGGACCGGCGGGUGUCAUGGGCCCACCUGGUAAGCCUGGUCCUGUUGGCCAGCCAGGCCCCCCUGGACCAUCAGGAUUAGGGCAAUUUGCAAUAGGACCAAAGGGAGAACGAGGACUUCCAGGGCCUCCAGGGAGAUGUCUCUGCAGAACCCCACAACAUAUGAGUAACCCAUCAUAUGAGGAAUCUGUGUUUGGACACAGCUACCCAAAAGUUCCCGCGAUAUUUGUGGUGAAUAAUCAAGAAGAACUGGACCAGUUAAACACCAAAAAUGCCUUAGCUUUUAGAAGAGAUCAGAGAUCUUUGUAUUUCAAGGAUACCUUUGGAUGGCUGCCAGUCCAGCUCACCCCUUUCUAUCCCAUGGAUUACCGCUUGGAGGAUGGGGGUACCUGUGGAGACGGGAUCGUGCAGGAUGGGGAAGAGUGCGACGACGGCAAUGCAGUGGUGACUGACGACUGUAUACGGUGCCGCCGUGCUUACUGCGGAGAUGGCUACAAGCAUGAGGGGGUUGAAGACUGUGAUGGGGCAGAUUUUGGAUAUUUGACAUGUAGAACAUACCUUCCUGGGUCUUAUGGAAAAUUGCGAUGCACUUCCUACUGCUACAUUGACUCCACACAGUGUCGAUACUUCACAUGAGGGGAGUGGAGGCGGGUAGCAUCCCACGUGUAGCGGGUGCUAGGUGCUACUCUAUCACCUAUCCAAGAAGGACUGGGACAAAAAACACCCCACCCACCUCUGUGAGAACAAACAAAGACACGUCAUGCUGCUGAUGGCCAUUUUGAGAUUUUUUUUAUAAAUUUGUGAGAUAGGGAAAAAUAGGACCACUGCAUCUUGUCUUAAUAGAGAAAUAGAUGUCAAACAGUGUGAGCCAGUGAGACUUUCAUGUGGCUGAGGAUGGCAACUUGCUCUCAAUCAUAAAAGCAACAUUAAACUACUGGAAGCUGAGUUCCAUUAACCAGGAAUAUUGUGUAACAAUUACCUCCACUUAACACUGUUAAACCCAAAUAUACUCUCUUCAGGGGUUUUGUCUUUAACCCUUCUCUGCAUAAACACAAAGCGUAUCUUGGAUGCGGUGUUUAGAGGGGCUUUCCCUUUAUUACAAUGUGAACUUAGCAAGUGCUGUAUCCACAAGAGAUUACUUCAGCAACAAUAAGGUUACCAAUACUCCUUCAUUGGUCAAAGGAGUUAAAGUUCUUUCAGAAUCAGCAAAUCAGCCAAACAAGCUUGUUAACAUCACCUUCAGGCCAAGGCGUUGUCUGUGUGUGUCUGUGCACUACAAGCAGUCACAGGAGGCCUGCAAAACACAGUACAAAGGACAAACUGGACAAAUAGACUGUGAAAUAGCCAAGAAGUUCUCUCCCAGGAGAAAAUCAGACAAGGAGGGAAGAUAAAGAAGGAACAUAUUUCCAUAUUUUUCUCCUCUGUGCUGAGCUGGCUGGGCUCUGCCUGACCCCAAGGGGCUGGGACAGCAUCGGUUCCCUGCCUGAAACCAUGGCCGUGUACACAUUGUCUUCACUCUGGUGUCCACACUGGAAGGUCUUUACAUGUGCAACCCCUUGUCCACCUGACCAUCAUCAUUCAAUUCCCAGUUACACCCUGUCCUCCCUCCCCCUCUGCCACUUUUUGUUUCUGCUGCCAUGUACCCCAGUGUGCACGCUCACUUUUGUGUCGCCGUAAAUCAGACCUCGGAGUAGGGUGUUUAUGGAUGCUCAGUCGUGCUGUGCACUGUACAUGUGGGUUUUGUUUUUUUGGGAAGGUUGCUCAACUAUAUCAGCUCUGAUUGGAGUCAGGGUAAUUAUACACUUAUUUAUUAGCAAGUAGUGAAGAGCCAAUUUCAUAUGAAAAGCAUAUUAAAUGUUAUGUCACAAAGAGUCUACAACAGAAAAUGAAACAAAGAAUGUGCAGAAUUCAGGACUAAAAGCCUUAACACUAGGCUUGGUUUUCAUACAAGCCACUCUUUUCUGCUUUGUGGUAAAUGUUGUACAGGACUGUGUGAAAUGUGUGAGUUAUCUGUGCUGGUGACAGUGCUGCAACAGCUGCACUGACACUGGCACUUCUGUAGAGGUUAAAUAAAGGUGGACGUUGUGGUAUAAUGAUAAUGCAUUAAAGCAAUCAAGAAAUACAUGCAACUUUUACCACCUGCCAGAAGACUUUAACUAUGCAUGUAUAAAGUGAUAUUGGAAAUCAACAGUUAACAACAAAAAAAGAAAGAAAAUUCGUGUACUCUUCAUGACUAUCACUUACCUGGGCUAUUUAUGUUGCUAUGAAGCCAAGCCACCAGCAUUUGUAGCCCAUUUCAACAGUUUAAUUUUUUUUUUUUUUUUUUAACUGAGGUCUUAAUAAAAGGUCAAGGAACCACUGGAGCAAGAAAAUUGCCACAAACUCUGGAAAUCUGGGCACUAGCACAGCUGCCUUUUAAUUUCCUGUGCUUGUGCAAGCAGCAGGUUCCAGCAGCAUCACACCACGAGGAGCAGGUGUAGGGUUGCUGGGAGGCUCUCGAGGACAGACACGCUCCCAGCAGCAUGUCCUGCUGGCCAUCCCUCCGGCUGAGCCUGUGGCAGCGUCUGCUGGGUGUUACUAUCCCUCGGGCUUGGAGACACUUCAUCUAACUACUCACCUUCUCCAAGGAAUUAAUCUCAACCUCCCAAAAGGCUGGAGUCUCCGAGAAACUUGGUAAUUCCAGUGGCCUUUCACCUUCAGUUUUCAGUCGAAUCAUUUUGAAUUAAAAUCUCCUACCUCUGAAGGACAUUGGAAUAACAAAGCUACGUGCAUGGAUCAUAGAAUAUGUAAACAGAAGAUGUGAUCACCCAGGUAAAACUGUACUGUGCUGCACAUGCUCAGAAAGGGGCCUAUCAGUCUGGUCAGUCUGAGAACACUUACAAAGCGUGGAUUUUAAAUGGACAAAGCAAUGUAAAAUAUAAGGAAACAAAACAAAAGUUUCAUACUACUGUUACUGUCUUGGUUCCCUCAGCUGAUAAAGCAUGAAAAAGACACCAGGCAAGGUAUAGAAUAUAUAUGAUUUAAAAUGGUGCAAAAUAAAUCCUUUGCCCUCAUUUCUGACAUACCUGAUUUAUCAUUAAUUGGGUAUUCUUCAUCUGGGUUGUGCCUGGUCUGCUGCAAAUUGUCUUCCCUCCUUCUCUGAGCUUCUUAACACAUUGUGCCAAGACUGGUUCAAAAGUUAAUUGGAACAUUUCAGCUCAUUGGACUUUUGUAGCAGCAAAUGCUUGUGGGAGAGUUUUCUAAUGAUUAGUAUGCAACUCUAGGCAAGUACAAAGCAGUAUGCCAUGCACUGUAUUAAUGUAUACAAAAAAUCCGGCUUGCACUUAAUAUACAAUUAAAUAUAUGUAAUUACCUACUGCCUAUACUAGCAGCUCAUGUCAAUAAAUCAUGCUACCUUAGUUCCCCUA